AACAUGCCCUUCAUUCCCAACUCUUUUGGGUCCACACACAGCCUCCCUGCGCCAUUGAGAGAAGAGGGUUUGGGCGAAGCUUGCUCAAUACCGGCUCUUUCCCCGGCAUCAGUUUCUUUUCUCGGCUUCGAAGGCGGAUCCUGGAAUUUCCCCGAAAAAAAGCAAAAAGCUUUCCUGGCGGCUGCGAAGGUCUGCGGGAGGUUUCCCAUUAUUAGCAACGGGGAGACUUGGGGGCAGUUGAGUCCUGGCUGGAAGCUGCCAUGGCCCCAAAGCUGCUCCUUUUCCUCCUCUGCGCCUUGCUCACCUUCUGCCCAGUGGUUGAUGCGCAGGAACCUGCAACUCCAUCAUGUCCAAUAAACGUAGCUAUCCGAGGCGGCACUGUGACAUUCUCGGAUGAGGGUCGCCUUGGAAGCACCCUCACCUAUUCCUGCCCACCUGGUACAUACCCAUAUCCAUUGCAAAGCCGGGUCUGCCAGUCUGAUGGAAAAUGGACUCCUAUGCGUUCCCCGCACGGACCCCGUGUCAACACGGCACAAUGCAGAGAAAUACGCUGUCCUCCACAGAUGUCCUUUGAACAUGGUUCAUCCAGUCCACGCCGAAGCUCUCAUCCGAUUGGUGAUAUUUUGAGUUUUGAGUGUUAUGAUGGGUAUCAACUCCAUGGUUCCUCCCAGAGACACUGCUUGCCCAAUGGCCGCUGGAAUGGGACCUCCCCUGUUUGCGACGAUGGAGUGGGCCAUUGCCGCAGCAUUGCCAUCCCGCCAGGGGCAAUCGCUACUGGAGGACGCAACCGUCUUGGCGAUCGGGUCUCAUUUCAGUGUCAGAAUGGCUUCAACUUGGUAGGCUCAGCACAGCGUGUUUGCACUCCGGAAGGUGAAUGGUCAGGAGCAGAACCAAGUUGCAGAGCUCCCUAUUCAUAUGAUCGGGCUGAAGAUGUCAGAGCUGAGUUUGGGGCCUCCUUCACUGAUGUUCUGAGUGAAGUGUCUUCAUCUGGACCUGAUCCUUCCGGGACAGUUCAAGCUCCAAAUUUAGGACGAAGGCUGAUACUGUCCAAAGACAAUUUCCUCUACAUCUACAUGCUUGCGGAUGCUUCCCACAGCGUUACUGAAGCCAACUUUCGGGUUUUUAAAAAAUGUCUGGAAAUUAUUAUCAACAGAGUUGCCAGCUUUGACGUAGCCGUCAAGUUUUCCAUCCUCUCCUUUGCCAGCCAACCAAAGACUAUUGUUGACAUCCAUGAAGAUAUAGCUGAAGAUCCAGAAUUGGUUCUCGAGAAGAUGAAGAGCGACAUGAAUUACAAAGAUCAUGGCAAUGCAACAGGGACCAAUACUUACGCUGCCCUUGAUGCCAUCUACAGGAUGAUGAUUAAUGACCGAGCAAAUGUCCUAGAGAAGUGGGACAAAGUUCGCCAUGCUAUCAUUCUGCUUACAGACGGUAAAUCUAAUCUUGGGCGGCCUCCCAAAGAUGCAGUGAGAAGCAUAGAAGGCUUGGUGAACGUGGGAGAAAACCGGAAGGAUUAUCUGGAUAUCUAUGUCUUUGGUGUUGGAAACCUUGAUGUGGACUGGAGUGCCAUGAAUGAGAUUGCAUCGAAGAAGCCCGGUGAAAAGCAUGCAUUCAAACUGGAAAAACUUGAGACACUCAAGGAAGCCUUUGAAGACAUACUGGACCCUAAGGAUUUGGAUGAUAUAUGUGGUUUGGCAAAUUAUUCCAUCAAUGCUGAAUGGUAUCAAAAGAACCCAUGGCAUGUUCUCCUCCAAGAAAAUCGUCAAACAGAACCUUCUUGCCGCGGCGCUUUGAUUUCAAAGACCUGGAUCCUGACUUCGGCUCACUGUUUCAACAAGCUGAACGACAUUUCCACCUGGAGAGUUAUUCUGGGAGGAGGAGAGAGUAGUUUGUCAAUAAAAAGACGUAUUGAUCAUGAUCUGUACAAUGUCCGUGCAAAGUUGUCCCAGGGCAUCCAGGAAUUCUACGACUAUGACAUUUCUCUCCUUGAACUGGAGAAUCCUGUGCCGUUUGGUGGGAGGAUCAGACCAAUAUGCCUUCCUUGCACUGAGGGUGCCAAUAAAGCCCUGAAGAAGAAGUCAGGGACCACAACCUGUAAAGAUCAUGAACUGGAGCUGCUGAGUUUUGAGAAGGUGCCUGCCCAGUUUAUAUCCUUGGACAACAAACGGAUGAACGUGCGGAUCAAGACAAAGACAAGCCGUCCCUCCUGUAUUUCCGGAGCUGUUCAAGAAGGCAUGAUAUAUUCCCAGGUGUCUGAUGCCUCUGAAGUGGUCACAGACAGAUUCCUCUGCAGCGGGGAUGACAACGGUGUGGAGGCGGCCACUUGCAAAGGAGAAUCUGGAGGAUCACUAUUUGUAGAGAGGAGGGAAAGACAUUUUCAGGUGGGUGUGAUCAGCUGGGGUACCUACGACCCAUGUAAAAGGAAGAACGCAAAGGAAAUCAUACGAGUCUCCCCUCAACGCAGUCAUAAACCACGAGAUUUCUAUAUCAGUCUUUUCAGCAUACAGGACUGGCUGAGGCAACAUUUGGGCAAAUCUCUGAGAUUCAUCCCUCUGAGAGGAAGACCAACAGUUUCAGAAAUCAGCAGGACUGCGUUGGUCCUGCCACCACUGAAGCAAGGAGGUGCGCCGAAGGCAGAACCCAAAAUGCAGCAACUUCACCCUUUUGCCUGCAUCCUUGUGGCACUUUUGGCCUUUUGGACAGAUCCAACUGUUGCUGCUGCCUGUGACCCUGAAACAGCCACGAUUAUAGGCGGCCACUAUACUGUGCUGGAAAAUGGUUCACUUUUGCAGUACAAUUGCCCAGUUGGACAGUACCCAUACCCUACAGACUACCGACGUUGUGAAUAUAAUGGGAAGUGGAGCUCCAUGCGAAAACCAAAUGGCGACGCCAUCCGCCAAGCCAAGUGCAAUAACAUCCACUGCAACAGGCCUGUGGAGUUUGAAAACGGCAUGUAUGAACCCAGGCAGCCCUACUACAAUGUAAGCCAGGAGCUGACAUUCGAGUGCUAUGGAGGAUACACGAUGCGAGGAUCCCAGAAGCGCACCUGCCUCCCCAAUGGAAAGUGGAGUGGAGAGACAACCAUAUGUGAUGAUGGAGCUGGCCACUGUCGCAACCCUGGCAUCCCAAUUGGUGCCCGAAAAGCUGGCACGCAAUACAGGAUCGAAUACAAGGUCCAGUACACCUGUGAAAGAGGUCUCUCUCUUGUGGGAUCCAAAGAACGGGUUUGCCAAGAGUCAGGAGUGUGGAGUGGAGCAGAACCAGAAUGCCGAAGCCCAUUCAGCUAUGACACCCCAGAAGAAGUGUCCUCCAAGUUCAUUUCAUCUCUCACUGAAACUGCUGAGUCUAGUGAUUCUGACAAAAAUGUUUCCACUACAGGGAAGCGUAAAAUCAAGAUUGAGAAGGACGGCUCACUGAACAUCUACAUUGUCCUUGAUGCCUCGCGGAGCAUCAAGAAGGACCAAUUCAAGCACGCUCAGAAUAUGUCCAUCAAGUUAAUUGAGAAGAUCUCCAGCUAUGACAUCUCCCCCAGGUAUGCUGUCAUCACCUUUGCGACCGAGGUCAAGGAGCUUGUGCGUACUACAGAUGAUCAGAGCACUGAUGCCUCCUGGGUGAUUGAAAAGCUGGAGGGAAUGAAAUAUACAGAGCACAAGCAGAAGCCUGGAACCAACAUCCAAAAAGGCCUUUCUUCUGUCUACUCAAUGAUGAUCACCCAGCAAGCAGCAGAAAGGAGGCGAGGACUGAAUCCUCCUCCGGUGUCAGAGAAAACUCGCCAUGUGAUUGUCCUCCUGAGUGACGGUGACUACAACAUGGGUGGUGAUCCAAUUCGUGUCAUCAGACAAAUCCGGGAGUUCCUCAACAUUGGACGUAACCGCACCCAUCCCAGAGAGGACUUCUUAGAUGUCUACGUCUUUGCUGUUGGGGGCACAGUCGUCAUGGAAAAUGUGAAUAAGAUUGCAUCUCAAAAGAGUGGCGAGAGGCAUGCCUUCAAAAUAAAAGACUACAGUGACCUCCAGCUGGCUUUUGAGGAGAUGAUUGAUGAAUCUGAGACUUUGUCCAUGUGUGGUUUGGCCAAGGAACAUGACACGCCAGACCACCAACAGAAGAACCCCUGGUACACCAAGAUCACCAUCAGGCGUACUGGUGGUGUAUAUGAGCACUGCAAAGGAGCCCUUGUUUCCAAAUACUUCAUCCUGACAGCAGCCCAUUGCUUCACUAUUGAUGAUAUAGCCGAUCAGAUCACUGUUACCAUUGACAAAAAACCCUAUAAUGUGAAAGCCCUCUACUCCCACCCAAAUUAUCAGAUUGGGAGGCUGGCCAAUAAGGGAAUCCCUGAAUUUUAUGAUUAUGAUGUUGCUCUGGUGGAACUUGCCUCCCCCGUCAUGCCCUCUGCUUCUCAAAGGCCUAUCUGUCUACCUUGCACAGAAGGAGCCACCCGAGCUCUGAGAAAGCCCCAUCCUCAGACCACCUGCAGGGACCAUGAGGAAGAACUUCUCCCUACUGCAAAUGUCAAUUCUCUUUUCGUAACUGAAUGCAAUGACAAUAAAGAACUGCGUCGCAGAACCGUGCGGAUCAAGAAUGGGGACCAGAAAUUUGCCUGCGAGGAAGAUGCCAAGAAAGCCGAUCAAUACAAAAAUGUCACAAACGUGGCAGACGUAGUGACAGACCGUUUCCUCUGCACAGGGGGCUUCGAUCCCGAGUGGGACCCAAACACUUGCAAAGGUGAUUCUGGUGGUCCCCUCAUAAUUCAGAAAAGGCUGCGUUACAUCCAGGUGGGCGUGAUCAGUUGGGGUGUUGUUAAUGUCUGUAAAUCCAAGAAAAUCCCCUGCGACCUUAAAAACGUUCAGAACAACUCCCCCAGACAUGCCAGGGAUUUCCAUAUCAACCUCUUCAAGGUCAUGCCGUGGCUCAAGGAGAAACUGAGCGAAGAGGACCUGGGAUUCCUGUAUCCAACUGAUGCUUUUACCUGUGACCCUGAAACAGCCACGAUUAUAGGAGGCAACUAUACUGUGCUGGAAAAUGGCUCGCUGUUGCUAUACAGUUGCCCAGUUGGACAAUAUCCAUACCCUACUGAGUUUCGGCAUUGCGGGUUUAAUGGAAAGUGGAGCCCUAUGCGAAAACCAAAUCGAGUUGCCAUCCACCAAGCCAAGUGCUAUGACAUCCGUUGCCAAAGACCUUUGGAUUUUGAAAAUGGCAUGUAUGAGCCAAGGCAGCCCUACUACAAUGUAAGCCAGGAGCUGACGUUCGAGUGCUAUGGAGGAUACAUUAUGCGAGGAUCCCAGAAGCGCACCUGCCUCCCCAAUGGAAAGUGGAGUGGAGAGACAACCAUAUGUGAUGACGGAGCUGGCCACUGUCCCAACCCCGGCAUCCCAAUUGGUGCCCGAAAAGCUGGCAUGCAAUACAGGAUCGAAUACAAGGUCCAGUACACCUGUGAAAGAGGUCUCUCUCUUGUGGGAUCCAAAGAGCGGGUUUGCCAAGAGUCAGGAAUGUGGAGUGGAGCAGAACCAGAAUGCCGAAGCCCAUACAGCUUUGACACUCCAGAAGAGGUCUCCUCCAAGUUCAUUACAUCCCUCACUGAAACUGUUGAGUCCAUCGAUUCUGAUAAAAAUGUUUCCACUACAGGGAAGCGGAGAAUCAAGAUUGAGAAGGACGGCUCACUGAACAUCUACAUUGUCAUUGAUUCCUCGCGGAGCAUUAAGAAGGACCAAUUCCAGGAAGCUCAGAACAUGUCAAUCAAGUUAAUUGAGAAGAUCUCCAGCUAUGACAUCUCCCCCAAGUAUGGUGUCAUCACCUUUGCGACCGAAGUCAAGGAGCUUGUCAGUACCAUGGAUGAACGGAGCAGCGAUGCAGCCUGGGUGAUUGAGAAGCUGGAGGGGAUCAAACAUUCAGAUCACAAGCAGAAGCCAGGAACCAACAUCUACAAAGGCCUUUUUGCUGUCUACACAAUGAUGAUCAGCCAGGAAGCAGCAGAAAGGAGGCGAGGCCUGAACCCUCCUCCGGUUUCAGAGAAAACUCGCCAUGUUAUCGUCCUCUUGAGUGAUGGCGACUACAACAUGGGUGGUGACCCAACUUCUGUCAUCAAACAAAUCAGGGGUUUCCUCCACAUUGGACGUAACCACACCAAUCCCCGAGAGGACUACUUAGAUGUUUACAUCUUCGCUGUUGGAGGCACAGUCAACAUGGAAAACGUGAAUAAGAUUGCAUCUCAAAAGAGUGGCGAGAGGCAUGCCUUCAAAUUAAAAGACUACAAUGACCUCCAGGUGGCUUUUGACGAGAUGAUCGAUGAGAGCGAGACUUUGUCCAUGUGUGGUUUGGCCAAAGAACACAAAACGCCAGACCACCAACUGAGGAACCCCUGGUACACCACGAUCACCAUCAGUCGCUCAGGCGGUGGAUAUGAGUACUGCAAAGGAGCCCUUGUUUCCGAAUACUACGUCCUGACUGCAGCCCAUUGCUUCACUAUAGAUGAUACAGCCAAUCAAAUCACUGUCUACGUCGGAAGGACACAGUAUAGUGUGGCUGCCCUCUACUCCCACCCAAAGUAUCAGAUUGGGAAGCUACGGGACCGUGGAAUUCCUGAAUUCUAUGAUUACGAUGUUGCUCUGGUGAAACUUGCUGCCAAAGUCAAAUUCUGGGCUCUUGCAAGGCCUGUCUGUCUACCAUGUACAGCAGGAGCUACCCGAGCUCUGAGAAAGCCCCAUCCUCAGACCACCUGCAGGGAUCAUGAGGAAGAACUUCUCCCUGCUGCGAACGUCAAUUCUCUUUUUGUAACUGACUGUGAAGACAGUGGCCAAAAAGGGCUGCGUCGUAGAAUCGUGCGGAUCAAGAAUGGGGACAAGAAACUGGCCUGUGAGGAAGAUGCCAAAAAAGCCAAUCAAUACAAAAACGUCACAAAUGUGGCAGACGUGGUGACAGACCGUUUCCUCUGCACUGGGGGGUUCGAUCCCGAGUUGGACCCAAACACUUGCAAAGGUGAUUCUGGCGGUCCCCUCAUCAUUCAGAAAAGGCUGCGUUACAUCCAGGUGGGCGUCAUCAGUUGGGGGGUCGUCAAUGUUUGCAAGACCAGGGAGCCCGCGUGCGAAGGGGAAAGAGGCGCCCAGCAGAACUCCCCCAGCCAUGCCAGGGAUUUCCAUAUCAACCUCUUCAAGGUCAUACCAUGGCUAAAGGAAAAACUGAGCGAUGAGGACCUGGAUUUCCUGUAGACUUGCUCUUCCCACCACAUCUGGGAUGCUCUGUGUCAAUACAACCAGCAUAGAAUCAUCGAAUCGUAGAGUUGGAAGAGAUCUCACGGGCCAUCCAGUCCAACUCCCUGUAAGAAGCAGGAAAAUCUCAUUCAAAGCACCCCCGACAGAUGGCCAUCUUUAAAUCCUGUAGAAGAAAGGUCAGGCUAGCAGUUGUAUAUUAAAUUGUCAUUUGUGAAAAGAAA